GAGUCAGAACAUUCCACAACUCGUCAAGACAAUACUAAUGUUAUUGAGCUAUUUACGAAUUUAAGCAGUUUUAAGAAAAAUAAAAUGGCCAAAACAAAACUGUUAACUCAAGGACAAGACGAAAAUAUCGGUCAAUAGUCAAUGUAAUGUAAUCUCGGUGACUUAGUGGGCAAAGUGCACGGAUCUGUGUCUGUUUUAAUCCCACCGUAACGUGUUGACUUUCGACCAAAGAAUCUCAGUUGAAAAUUAAUCCCUAAGAUUCUCAACGCCAUAAUGUCGGAGGAAACGGAAUUCCUGGAGGCCUAUGCUCGCAUCCAAGCAGCUUACAAGGCAGCUAUGACCCAGGUGGAGCUGGCCAUUAACCACGAGGAGCAGGGCUCCCAGGUUGAAGCCAUCGAUGCCUACGCACUAGCUUUGCAAAUGAUAGAAGAUACUUUCGGAAUUUCUGUCGGCCUGCCUGAUGAGAUAGAUGCGGUGCAGACGGAAUGGAAUGACGCCUGCGCCCUGAUCCAAAAACUUAAAAGCGCCAAGACAGAGGUCAGCUAUCGGAUGAAGGUGCUCCGAUCCCAGAACCAACCCGUUGAUGAUACUGCCGUGGAGGCCCAGGAGAACAAUCAGACGGGAGUGAAUUCAGGAAGGCCAUGGCUGGCAGAGAACCCUUCCACCCAUUACGACAUAACCAACGCUAGUGGCACACCGAAAACCUACAGGGAACUAGCUGCUGGAUUGCGAGAACUAUUGGCUGUUCGGGACUCCCACGCCCAACUGGAUGAGCUCUUUCGUGCUCAGGUGAAGAUCUACAGGAUUGAAGGUAGCGGAGCUGUAACCACUAUUAGUGGAUCAUCCACCAUGUCGCUAGUCAUGUGCACAGUGGGCGGAAAAUGGAAGUACCUCAGUGGAAUUUACUUUAUCCAAUGCUCCAUACCGAACGAGGACCCGGGAAUGAUCUGGCUUUACCCACUGGUACCGUCGAUCACCAAUUGCUAUCGCACGGAGUACGGAGCGUUCAUUUUCCCGGAUAUGGAGUGCCAACAGCCGGGAAAUGCCUUCGGCCUAAUGCUGACCAAAGAAGGCCAACGUCCACUGAGUACUACAGCCGGGGAAUCUGAGGAAGAGCAGCUGCAGGAUCUGCAGCAGUUUUUCCUUGAUCUGCUGGAGGCUGUGCUUGCUGGUACAGUGGAGCAGUUAAAAUCUCCGACCUCCCAACGUGCAGGCUCCGCUUCCGAAGCCGCUACGGGCUCGGAGCAGGUGUCUAGACACAUUGUGAGUGCGGCUGAUUUCAUUGCCCGGAAUUUAGUGAAAGGCGCCGAGAAAACAGGUGGGCUCAUGAUGAAAAGUACUCCCUAUCUCAUCUCCAAAAUGGCUCCAGCUUCAGCCGAUGCUCCUACCCAGGUGCCCAGCUCCGUCCAGACUUCAGUGGAAGUGGCACAGAAAGUGACUCACGCAGCUGCUGGGAUGACAGGCUGGAUAGCUGGGAAAGUAGGCACUGCUUCAUUGGCCGUGGGUCGUUAUUUAGCUCCUCACAUCCAGGAGCAGGGAUCAAAACUCUUACAGAAAGGGUUCGGCUACGAAAGCAGCGAGGCGAACAGCACAAUGGAAGGCGCCUUGACCAUUGCAGCAGGAGCUGUCGAGGGAGUCAGUACCGUGUUUGAUGGCCUAGAAACUUCAGCUAAGAUUCUGGGCUGCAGUCUCAGCGAGAACUCCGUCAAGAUCAUUGAGCACAAAUACGGACAGCCGGCAGGUAAUCUGGCUAGUGGAACCUUUGACGCGGUGGGCAAUGCCUUUGUAGUCAGCCAGAACGUGAACUACAUUACUCCAAAAGGUAUCGCCAAAAAGAUGGUCAAGCGGACGGGAGAGGCCGUGGUUAGCGAUUACAAACGAGACUUACGUAAAUCGGAAUCUCACUAUAUAAAUGCCGGAGCUCUUUAUCCGGAUCUGCGGGCUUUGAAGGAAUAGCUCCCAACCAAAGAUAUUCUCAUAUAUUAUAUUCUAUCGUUGAUAUUGAUAUUGAUUGAUAAACUUUUAUUAAAUAAUUUAUAUUAUUGCUUGAUAUUAGCUUAUCUCGAACACUAGUUUAGUAUACAAAAUAAAACUAAAUUUGCUGCUA